AUGCAAAACUACCUCAACGAACUCAGAAAUGUAGUAAAUGGAAACAGAGAAGGAGGAGGAAAUGAUCAGCAGCGUCCGAAUCGCUCGUCGCCUCGUGAGGUAUCAUUCACCAUACCAGAGGAGCAGCUGGAAAUUAUUUACGAGACUUGGGCGAUCGCGCGUGCCCGCGUGCGCCAACAGGUUUAUCAACAAGAACGGCCGUCUGCGCCGUUCCCGCGGCCACCACUGUGGAGAGAGGAAAUGCGCGCGAUGAUCAUUCUUUGGAUUGCAAGAGAACGGCGCUUGUUUGAGCGGGAAAUGAGGGAGAUUGAAUACCUGUUGGGACUUAGAGGUGCACCGGGGUGCCACCGGAGAACUUCACAGAGAACAGCCUCGAUAUAUGGCAGUGAUGCUCUGUCCUCGAAAUUCGGCAGCCUGACCGUCGGCUUCAUCGUCAAGAUGAAAAUAAACAUGGUAGAUGAGGUCUGA